AUGUGUUCCUCCAACAAACACCCGUUCUCUAGAGCUCGCAAAGCACAGGCCCUUCUCUCGGUGAUAUCGUGGCCGUUCGCUCUCGCCACCAUCUUUACGACUCAUCAUAGCCCUCACGCAUGGGUCCAGUUUACUGCAAUCACAAUUUCUGGCACUAUACCCGUAUUCAUGCUCUUCAUGUAUCGCAAAUCCGGAAGUCAAUCUUAUUCGCUCAUCGAAAUAGCUAUUGAUGGGUCAAUGGCGUUAUUCCUUAUCGGGGUAUACAUUGCCGGAAUAGCCAUCCUUGCUUCUCACGACAUUAGCAGCUGGGCUUCUCCCUGGGACUAUCGGCUUGCUGUCGGUAUUCCGCAGGUCUACUCCAACCUCUCAUGUAUCAUCCUCAGUCCGUUAUAUUUGCGCUGCUUUGCUCUAGGGUACUUACACCGAUUCAUCAAGCCUAUGCUCAAUGCCGGCUGUGUUAACUACACUCUUUGCGCAACCUGUGACCGAUCUGUGGAUGCUCCUAUGACCCACGGUGAGGAUAUUAUCGCGAGGGCAGCGGAACAGGAAAGAUCCUCUGUCUCGACAGAUACCUUUCGGUGUUUGUACACUGAAGAUGUUGAAUCUCAGCCGUUGCUACCUGAGACCUCCUCGGGCGACGAGGGUAAACAGACAACUGGCAUCGUGACCAAUAACUGA